CGACCACAAGUACCGAAAUUUGGCAACUGGGACAGUGAAGAAGUCCCCUACACUAUGUACUUUGAUAAUGCCAGGAAGGGGAAGAAGACUGUCCCGGGGGAUCAAAUCGAGCCUCAGGAAAAUAUUGAAGUUGAACCGAAGGUUCAAAAAGCAUCUGAAGCAAAAACACCAAAGCAUGAGCGGCAGUUCAGCCAAGAAGAGGAUGAACUAAGGAAAUCAACCGGUUUGCCUAAUGUAAAAGUUCAUAAACCUGCAAAUGACUCAUCUCACAAACAGCAUAGUCAUGGACAAACUGGGAGCGAUAAACCGGAACCAGAACCACUGAGGGCUCCAGAAAUGCUUAGGCCGAGGCACGAUCGUCGGUCAAGCCGAGAAGAUGGUGACAUGAGAAGAUUUUUGGAUUCUCCAUUGCGCCACGAGAUGGCAGGCCAGAGAAAUAGUUCUAACUCGCCUCGUCAUCGUCAUGGCGGCUCGAGCGCAGGGGACACACCUCGUAGGGUUGGUCGGCAGAGUGUGGGGUCUGAUCGGAGUGUCGACCACUCACCAUUGCAUCCGCAUUCCCAGGCAAGAGUUGGAGGAAGGACUAGUGGAAUUUCUUCUCCUUCUUGGGAAAGGAAAGCUACAUCUGAAGGGAGCCACGGCCUAGCACCGUCUACUCCUGGAAGAUCUCGGUUGAGAUCUGUUACACGAGGGGAUGACUCGCCUGACCGAAGCCCUGCAGUCCCGAAAUUUGGUGAUUGGGACGAGACAAAUCCUGCAUCGGCUGAAGGAUACACUCACAUUUUCAACAGAGUAAGAGAAGAGAAACAUAGCGACACCGGAAAGGUACCCGUGGUGCCAACUGAAACAUCUCAUUCCAAUGGUCAGAAGCAAUAUGGAAAUGAUAACGCAAAGGGAUGCCGUUGCUUCCCUUGGGGCAAAAGAUGACAGAUAAUUUCGACAUGGUUCGUGAAGCUGUACACAGUAUAUUAUCAUAGAUUCAUUAAAUUUUGAUUACAGACGCGAUGUGAUACUGAUUAUAUUCAUCAAUUAUACGGUUGCUCUUGAAAAGAUGGAAGUUUUUUUCCUGUGAUACUAA